CUAUCAUUCCACUCAGCCAAAGAGUUGCAAGGUCAAGCUGAAAUGCUGCCAGGGGGUUCACAUUGGAAGUUGCAAGUGAUUCAUACAUCCCAUUCCACAAAAAUGCUGGUUGUCCUCUACUGGUGGGAUCCGCUUGAUUGCAUUGCUAGUAUUUUCAAUCAUCCCUUAUUUCACAACCAUAUAGACUUCACCUCUUGCAAAGUGUAUACCACAGCACAGAAGCUGUCUCGGGUAUACACUGAGUGGAUGACAGGCAAACAUGCUUGGAACAUGCAGUUGGUGCUACCUCAUGGUGCAACUCUACUUGGUAUCAUUCUAUCCUUGGACAAGACCUGUAUCACUGAAUUGACAGGUGAUUGUGUUGCUCAUCCACUACUUAUCAGCCUCGCCAAUAUCCACAUGAAUACACAAUUGAAAUCAUCCUCAAACGCUUUCCUCCUCACUGCCCUUCUACCAGUCCCCAAGUUCAUGCAUAAGAAGAAAUGGAUGAAGGGUGUAUUACAGGAUUGGCUUGCCCAUCAGUGCUUGGAUGUUGUACUAGAACCACUGAAGUUGGCUGCUCAACAUGGUGUAAGGAUUCCAUAUUCUCUACACCCCAACCAAGCUUUAAAAUGA